AUGUCAUCAACUAAGAAUAAACAGUCAAACACAUCCAAAGACGAUGAUCAACCAAAUUCAAUUACUACUGCUUUAGACAAUAACGAGAAAUCAAAUGAUACAAAGGAAUUUGAUAUAGAUCACAAUGAUCAACAAAGUAAUGGAACAAAAGAUACAACACCCAACUCUAAUCGUAGAAGUUCAAUCCAUAAGAAACAUCAUCAUCAUGAAAAACACAAGAAAAAGAAAAAAAUUCGGGAAUCAAGAAGAGUAAUGUUUAUAUUAGGAGCUUUGUUAGGUUUAGCAUUGACAAUAUUUUUUUCGACUAAUAAAGUACUGUUUCCAGCUGAUUUAGAUGGAUUAGUUAAUUUUGAUCAAUUAAAUUCAUUAUUUGAAGAUUGGAAAAAUUGGAAAGAUAUUUUACCAAGUGGUAUGCAAUCAUAUUUACAAGAUGCUGAUAAUGCUGAUGGUUCAUUACAUGGUUCAGCUGAUCUGUUUAGUGUUGGACAAAGAUUAAAAGCUUCAAGAAAUUAUACUGCAAAAUAUAAUGUUGUUAUGGUACCUGGUGUUAUAUCUACUGGUUUAGAAUCUUGGGGAACAACCACUACGGGAGAUUGUCCUUCAAUUGGAUAUUUUAGAAAAAGAUUAUGGGGAUCAUUCUUUAUGUUAAGAACAAUGAUUUUAGAUAAAGCAUGUUGGUUAAAGAAUAUUAAAUUAGAUGAAGAAACUGGAUUGGAUCCACCAAAUAUUAAAAUAAGAGCAGCUCAAGGAUUUGAAGCUGCUGAUUUUUUCAUGGCUGGAUAUUGGAUUUGGAAUAAAAUAUUACAAAAUUUAGCAGUUAUCGGAUAUAGUCCAGAUAAUAUGAUUUCUGCAGCAUAUGAUUGGAGAUUAACAUAUUUAGAUUUAGAAAAAAGAGAUGGAUUUUUCAGUAAGUUAAAAUUUCAAAUUGAAAUGAGUAAAAAAACAACUGGACAAAAAUCUGUAUUAGUUGGUCAUUCAAUGGGUUCACAAGUUAUAUUUUAUUUUUUAAAAUGGGUUGAAGCAAAUGGUUAUGGAAAUGGUGGUCCAAGUUGGGUAAAUGAUAAUAUUGAAGCAAUAGUUGAUAUUAGUGGUUCAAUGUUAGGUACUCCAAAAACAAUACCUGCAUUAAUAUCAGGUGAAAUGAAAGAUACGGUACAAUUAAAUGCUUUAGCUGUUUAUGGAUUAGAACAAUUUUUUAGUAGAAGAGAAAGAGUUGAAAUGUUAAGAACAUUUGGAGGUGUUGCAAGUAUGUUUCCAAAAGGUGGUGAUUUAAUUUGGGGUAAUUUAACUCAUGCACCAGAUGAUCCAGUAAAUACUUUAGAAACAAAUAAUACUGAAAAAACUAUUAAUGGUCCUAAAACAGGUAGUUUUGGAUCAUUUAUAAAAUAUAAACAAAAAAAUGGUACAGAACAUGAAGUAACAAUAGAUGAAAGUUUACAAAAACUUUUAAAAGAUUCACCAAAAUGGUAUUCAAAAAGAGUUGAAGAAAGUUAUAGUCAUGGUAUUGCUAAAACAUCAAAAGAAUUAUUAGCAAAUAAUCAUAUACCAAGAAAAUGGGUAAAUCCUCUUGAAGCAGCAUUACCAAAUGCACCAGAUUUAAAAAUGUAUUGUUUUUAUGGAGUUGGUAAUCCAACCGAAAGAGCAUAUAGAUAUGUUCCAGCAGAAAAAUCAGUUAAAUUAGAUUAUGUUAUAGAUAGAGAUUCAUCAGAUGGUGUUAGUUUAGGUGAUGGUGAUGGUACAGUAUCUUUAUUAACUCAUACAAUGUGUAUUGAAUGGCAAAAACAAAAUAGUAGAUAUAAUCCAUCAAAUUUAAAAGUUACAGUUGUUGAAAUUAAACAUGAACCUGAUAGAUUUGAUUUAAGAGGUGGUGCUAAAACUGCUGAACAUGUUGAUAUUUUAGGUAGUGCAGAAUUAAAUGAAUUAAUUUUGACGGUGGUAUCUGGUAAUGGUGAUAAAAUAAAAAAUAGAUAUGUAAGUAAUUUAAAACAAAUUGUUGAUGAAUUAGAUAUAUAG